ACGUUGUGCUGCCUGGACUCGCUGGAUGCAAGCACUGGCUGACUUGAGUGAUGCCGGUGGAACAGCCGCAGAUGCCUCUUGACGUUGUUGACCGAGAAUACUCUUCACUACUUUAACGCCGUUUAAUAUAGGGUUCAAACUACCAAGAUCCAUUCAGCCUUCUCAUUUUAUCUACCACAGCUUCUGUGUCUUUGUAACUUAAUGCACAAAGUAAGUUCCAUUACAUGUACGCAACGAGUGAGUCAGUGAGACUGAUUUGAUGGAAACAUGAAGACACGCCGAGGAAACGCGUGCAUUCUUUGGACUCGGGGUGUAUUUGUGGUUGGCAUUUUCGUUUCUUUUGCCAUCGUGAAAGCAAACCCUCCUAUUUAUUACGGACAGAUUGUGGAGAAUGCACCGGCUGAUUCUGUGGUGCGCGGGAUACUAUUGCCUUUUGGAGAGAAAUGCCAAGAGUCAGACUGGACUGAAAACCCCGGCACGGCUCUACAUGGGACAGACGUUUCUGACUUUCGCCUUGUGUACCAUCAUGGAAAAGGAUUUUCCCUGCUAACCACGAAAACUUUAGACCGAGAGCUGAAACCGAGAUAUAUUUUAAGUGCGCUAGUUCCAGGCUGUUUCAACAGUCCCCUGGAAUUGGAAGUUGAAGUGUUGGACGCAAACGACAACAAACCCUAUUUUAGAAAUGAAUUUGAGAGAAUAGAGGUAGAUGAGCUCACGCCAAUUGGCUCCGAAUUCACACGCAUUCAUGCACUUGACAGUGAUGCUGGUCGGAACGCCAAAGUCCGAUAUUAUGUGUUCCCUCCCAACAAAUACAUACACGUUAUUCCUAAAACCGGGCAAGUUGUGCUUGUCAAUUCUUUAAAAAGUGUGAACAACAUAACGACACGCAUUUACGCAAGAGAUCAAGGAGAUGUCUCUCUGGAAAGCGAGCCCCUUGUACUUCAGAUUGAUGUUCACAGAGCCUUCCCUUCUAAAGUUAGGAAGCCGAGAGCGGUUUCCGAAGACCUGUUCUAUACUGUAACAGUUUCAGAAGAUGUUCAAAUCGGGGACAUGAUUUUCACCGUUCCUGACCAGAAGUUCGAAAAGAAGUGGUUUGAAGUGAUAUCAGAAGCUGAUGCUCCGGUUCAGAUUGAGCGCGACUCGGGUCGGCUGUACUUGGCACAGAGACUGAAGUCCACAACCGAGGUGGUGGUUAAAAUUCAGAACAUGCGAGGUGAUGCGUGGUAUCUGUGCCGUCUGACCCUCACCUUGCCCAGCCAGAGUGACCUGCAGUGGGCCAUGUUUCCAUCCCCUUACCUGGCCUCCGUGGGGCCUGACGCCUCCCCCAGCACCCUGGUCUACCGGCUCAGCGCCCAGCGAGGGGACGGCUCCCCGGCCACCGCGCAGUUUGGGUUGGUCGAAGGUGGCGAGGACUGUUUCGAGGUGGACCGGAGCUCUGGGGAGGUAAGGACUACUGGCCGGCCCCUGAGCCCCAGUAAGGAGUACGUCCUGUGGGUGGAGGUGUUGGAUCCCCAGGGCAGGAGGGGGCCCCAGGCCUCGGUGUCCAUCCUGGCUGGCUACCGUCCCCCUCAGUUCACCAACCUCUCCUACACCGUGUAUGUUCCCGAGAGCACAGCCGUCGGCCAAUCCGUUGCCAUGGUGCAGGCGGUGUCCUUCCAGCAGAAGAGCCUGUCUUACAUGCUGCUGGUGAACCCCAGCAACCUCUUCAGCAUCAACCAGGAGACUGGCGCCCUCAGCCUCACCCGGGCAGUGGACUACGAGAGCGGGCAGCACCUGCAUCACCUGCAAGCGCGCGCCGCCGAGCCCGACACGGGCCUGAGCAGCGUGGCAGAGGUGAUGGUUCACAUUACAGAUGAGAACGACUGCACCCCUGAGUUCGUGCAUGCCAUCUACAGCCGAGACAACAUUCCUGAGUCCAUCCCGGCCGGAACCUCUCUCCUGCAAGUGCUGGCCCGAGACUGUGACACGGGCGUGAACGCAGAGAUCUCCUACUUCAUCCAGAGCUCCGACUUCGACAUCACCGCCCAGGGCGUGGUCUGCCCCACCUGGGGCCUGGACUACGAGCGGCCCAAUCACAUGUACGAGUUCCUGGCGGUCGCCGUGGACAAGGGCACGCCCCCUCGCACAGGCACCGCCUCCAUCCGCAUCCGCAUGGCAAAUGUCAACGACGAGGCGCCCGUCUUCUCCCAGGCUGUUUAUAAGACCUUCCUCUCGGAGGACGCGGGGCCUGAGACGCUGGUGGCCAUCGUCCAUGCCAAGGACCCCGACGGAGACGGAGUGACAUACGCCAUCACCGGAGGCAACGAGGACAGCAACUUUGAGCUGGACAACCAGAAGGGGAUCAUCAAGCUGCGCCGCAGCCCGUCUCCCACUCUCCGCGGGCCGCAGUACGUCCUCAACGUCACGGCGACCGACGACAACAACGCCGGCGGGCCCCUGCCCCUCAGUAGCUCUGCCCAGGUCAUCGUGGGCAUCAACGACAUCAACAACAACAAGCCCGUCUUCGAUGAGUGUCAGAACUACAGUGUGAGCACGUGGGUCCUGGAGAACCUGCCCCCGGGGACGUUCGUGCUGCGUGUGCACGCCCACGACGCGGACAUUGGGCUCAACGGAGACGUCAAGUACGGGAUCAUGCAGCGAGACGGAGCCUCGUCUGGUUUCCUCAUUGACCCUGACACAGGUGUGAUCAGCACAUCGGUGACUUUUGACCGGGAGCGCCAGCGGGAGUACAGCCUGUCAGUCACCGCCACUGACCAGGCCCAGGAGCCUCUCAUCGGCAUCUGCCAGAUCACCGUCGUCAUCGCCGACCAGAACGACAACGACCCCAAGUUUGAGAACAGCCGUUACCAAUACUUCCUGCGCGAGGACACACCGGUUGGCACCAGCUUCCUGCGGGCGGCAGCCCAUGACGACGACCAGGGCACCAACGCGGCCAUCGCCUACUCCCUGUCCAGCCAGCAGCCCGCCUACCUGCAGAUCAACCCCACCACUGGCUGGGUCUACGUCAGCCACCCCAUCUCACAGACGUCGCGGAUCACCCAGAAGAUCAUCGCCACUGAUGGGGGCAACCGAAGCAGCUGGGUGGACCUUAGCGUCACCAUCACCAACGUCCACAACCAGCCUCCACAGUGGGAGCAGCCCGAGUACCUGGUCACCAUCCCAGAGAACACCGUCAGGGACUCGAAGAUAGUGACCAUAAAAGCCACCUCGCCUCUCGGGGACCCCAGGGUGACCUACAACCUGGAGGAGGGCCAGGUUCCAGAGACCAACAUGCCGGUUCGGUUCUACCUGAAGCCCAACCGCGGGGACGGCUCUGCGUCCAUCCUGGUGGCGGAGCCGCUGGACUACGAGAGCACGCGCUUCUUCAUCCUGCGUGUGCGCGCUCAGAACGUGGCGGCCGUGCCCCUGGCGUCCUUCACCACCGUCUAUGUCAACCUCACCGAUGUGAAUGACAAUGUGCCUUUCUUCAUGUCCUCCAACUAUGAGGCCACUGUGCCAGAGGGGGCAGAGGUUGGGACGUCUGUUGCCCAGGUGUCUGCCUCGGACCUGGACUCCGGACUGCACGGCCAGGUGAACUACGUCAUCCUGAAGGACCAGAGUGGCGACUCUCAGUUCUUCAGCAUUAACUCCUACACAGGGGUCAUCCACACGCGCGCCACCUUCGACCGGGAGCAGAAGGGCUCUUACCUCAUCGAGGUUCAGUCGCAGGACGGCAGUGAGUCAGCACGACCUGGACAGCAUGGACAGCCCAACACAGACACGGCCUACGUGAGGGUCUUUGUCACCGACGUCAACGACAACGCCCCCUUCUUCUCCCAGCCCGUGUACGAGAUCAGCGUGGAGGAGGACAAGGAGGUGGGCUUCGUUGUCAUGACGGUCACCGCCAACGAUGAAGACGAAGGUGCCAAUGCUAAGCUACGCUACCAGCUGACGGCGGGCAACACCAUGGGCACGUUCGACGUGGAGCCUGAGGUGGGCACUCUCUACAUUGCCCAGAAGCUGGACUACGAGCGUGUGCAGCGCUACGAGCUGCGGCUGGUGGCCUCCGACGGCAAGUGGGAGAACCAGACCACCGUGGUGGUGAACGUCAUCAACCAGAACGACGAGGUGCCCAUGUUCGACCACACAGAGUAUUACGCCAGCAUCACCGAGGAGCUCACCAACCUGCCCAUUCUUGCACUGCAGGUUUCAGCCACUGAUCCAGAUCAGGAGGCUGACCAGAGUGCCCUGCGGUACUCCUUGCACGGGCAGGGCGCUGGUAGUGAGUUCACCAUUGAGGAGCUAACGGGUCGGAUCUACGUGCAGAAGCGGCUGGACCGGGAGGAGCGGUCUGCGUGGCGCUUCCUGGUCCUGGCCACUGAUGAGAACGGAGCAGGGCUCACAGGUUUCGCGGAUGUUCUCCUGGAGGUGCGCGACAUCAACGAUAACGCCCCUGCCUUCCUGUGCUCGGCAGAUGUGUGUUUUGUUGGAAGCGUGCCCGAGAACUCACCCGCAGAUACCUCCAUCAUGGAGAUGCGUGCCACCGACUUGGACGACCCGAAGGUGGGGAAGAAUGCCGUGCUGACCUACCGCAUCGUCCAGAAUGUCCGCAACGAAAUCAAUCUCAACCUGUUCUCCAUCAACCCUUCCACGGGCACCAUCUACACCGUGCUGCGAUCCCUGGACCGAGAGGUGGAGGAUCGCUACCUGGUGGUGGUGGAAGCUGUGGAUGGAGGUAGUCUCUCAGGAACAGGCACGGCCACCAUCCUGGUUUCGGAUGUGAAUGAUCAUGCACCGGCGUUCACACAGCAGCUCUAUGUGGCAUCCAUACCGGAGGAACUCGAGGUGAACAGUGAGGUGCUGGUUGUGGCAGCAACCGACGGGGACGAGGGUGAGAAUGCGGCGGUGACCUUCAGCAUCGUCAGUGGCGACGAGGAGAGGAAGUUCUUCGUGGAGACGGACAAGGCCAACAGGCGCGGUAUUCUGCGCCUGCAGAAGAAGAUCGACUUCGAGAAGCCCCACGAGCGGGCCUUCAACCUCACGCUCAAAGUGGAGGACGCCGACUUCUACAGCCUGGCUCACUGCGUCAUCCAGGUAGAAGACUCCAACGACCACGCGCCUGUCUUCUUCCCACAGUUCUAUGACGCCGGCGCCAUGUUCGAAGACGUCCCUGCUGGAACCAUCGUGGCCCAGGUGACUGCCCUGGAUCUGGAUUCAGGCCAAAACGGGAAGUUCUCAUACGGCAUCGCCCCAGAGUCUGACCCCUACCAGCAGUUUGUGGUGGACAAGAGUGGAUGGGUCGUAGUAGCAGACUCCCUCGACCGUGAAAAGGUUUCCCAGCAUCGGCUUAUGAUCCUUGCCACUGACAUGGGCAAACCCGCCCUCACCGGGACCGCCAUUGUUAUGGUGACGGUGCAGGACAUCAACGACAACGGCCCAGAGUUUGAAUCGCCGUACCGGCCUGUGAUUUGGGAAAACUCAGCCACCCCUCAGCCUGUGCACAUGAACGACACGUCGCUUCUCCUCCACGCCGUCGACCGCGACUCCUCCCCCAAUGGCGGGCCCUUCUCCAUCCGGCUGCUCAUGCUCACCGAGGAUGCCACCAGUUUCAACCUCACUGACCUGCGCAAUGGCAGCGCCCUGGUCACCGCCCUGCGCACCUUCGAUCGGGAGCAGCAGAAGCAGUACCUCCUCCCCAUCCUCAUGAUUGACAGCGGCUCUCCACCAAUGAGCUCCACCUCCACGCUGACCGUCGUCAUCGGCGACAGGAACGAUCAUCCGCACAGGCCGGGCCACACUGAAUUCAUUGUGUACAGCUACGAGGGUUCACUCCCCACCACUGUACUUGGACAAGUUCAAUCCCCUGACCUUGACGACUGGAGUGAAAAGGUGUACCAGUUUGAAGGCCAACCCCCCAGGUUGUUCAAUCUGAACCGCAACAGUGGUCAGCUGAGCAUCAGGGAAGGGACCCCGCCGGGGGCGUACAGCCUGGACGUGCGCGUCAGCGAUAAGACAUGGCCUGCAGUGACCUCCAGAGCAGAGGUCACCGUCAUGGACCUGAAGGAGGAGGCUGUGAGGAACGCGGGCUCCCUGAAGCUGUCCAACCUGACCGUGGAGGAGUUCUUUCAAGCCGGACCCGGUAAGGAGAGCUGCUACACCCGUCUGCGUCGGGUGCUGGCCGAGGUUCUGCAGACGCAGACAGAAUGCGUGCACGUCUUCAGCGUUGCCAACGGCAGCAGCAGCAGCCAUGACAACCCCCGCCAGCUCAACGUCUGGUUUGCCGCCCACGGCUCGCCUUACUACAAGGCUGAGAAGCUCCACGGCUACGUGGCUACACACAAGGGCAAGCUGGAGUCAGCUCUGGGCGUGGGCAUCUCUCAGGUGGGCGUGGAUGAGUGUGUGUACGCCGACUGUGGCCUCACGGGCGGCUGCUCCAGCAGGGUGGCGUUCAGUGACACCCCGCGCGUGCUCAGCUACGGGAACACCUCCCUGGUGUCCCUGUCCGCCUCCUCCAUGGCCCAAUGCGGCUGUCAGGCCCGCGAGAGCCUGCACCUCGCCUGCGCCUCCUACCCCCACAACCCCUGCCUCAACGGGGGCACCUGCGUCGACAGUGAACUGGGCUACAGGUGUAAGUGUGCCCCCAUGUUCGACGGGCCCGAGUGCCAGCAGACCAAGCACAGUUUCCACGGCCAUGGCUACGCCUGGUUCCCUCCCAUCAGGCCCUGCUUCCAGAGCCAGAUCUCGCUGGAGUUCAUCACUGAGGCGCCCAACGGCCUGCUGCUCUACAACGGCCCACUGGCCGCCCCCCAGCCCGGAGACCCGGAGGACUUCAUCGCCCUCGAGCUGAAGAACGGCAUCCCUUCUCUGAGUGUGAACCACGGCUCCGGAACACUGACGCUCCAGCUUCAGCCCAGGACUGCCGUCACAGACCGCCGCUGGCAUCGUCUGGACAUCGUCAGCGACGGGAAGACGGUGCAGCUGAUCCUGGACCACUGCACUGGGGCUGCGGUGAACGAGGUGGAGGGCCUGGGGGUGGAGAUGCUGGAGAUGGACCAGUCGGCCUGCAAGACCUCCGCAGAAACACCCGGCAGUCAGAGGUUCUUGAACGUGAACCAGCCCCUACAGGUGGGAGGGGUGAAGGAGACACACCCGCACCGGCGCACACACCCCCACUACAAGGGCUUCGUGGGAUGUGUGAAGAACCUGGUAGUAGACAGCCAGGUGUAUGACUUGGGUAACCCGGCAGAGAGUGUGAACAGCACCCCAGGGUGCACCCUGACUGACGGGGUGUGUCUGACGACCGGGGGCCCCUCGUGCGGAGUCCACGGACGAUGCCUGGGGGAGUGGGGCUCCUUCAGCUGUGACUGCCACCCCGGCUUCAGCGGACACAAGUGUGAGAAAGGGUUGCCGGACUGGUCCUUUGAGCCGGACAGUGUGCUGCGGUACCAGCUGCGGGGGGGUGGGAGCCCCCGCUCGACCCACGCCGAGCUCCUGCUGCGCACCCGAGCCUCCUCGGGCAGCCUGCUCAGCAUGACCUCCCGUGAUGCCAACGAGUACAUCGUCCUGGAGAUAGCAGACGGACACCUGAGCGUCCGUGCCAACCUUGGCGACGGUGCCCACUCCCUGCGUCUGAUCGGUCAGCGCGUGGACGGUGGCCAGUGGUUGCUGGUCAGCCUGCUUCGCCAUGACAACCUCUUCACACUGCGUCUGGAGCGGGGCGGCGGGUCACGGGAGGUCACUGCCGCGCUGGGACAGAGGAGGGAGAUUGUGGUGAACCCGUCCAGCGUGCUGCUGGGCAAUGGCGGCACCCACGGCACACGCGCAGACUUCCAAGGUUGCAUGCGUGAUGUGCGUCUAAACGGGCACACACUACCGCUGGACGGCCAGAGCACAGAGUUCAGCACGGUGCUGGAGCGCCGCGGGGUCACCCCCGGCUGCCACUCGGACGCCUGCAGUGCCAGGCCCUGCCAGCGCCCGCUCUACUGCGUGGAUCUGUGGAGGAAACACGAGUGCCGGUGUCCGUCGGGUCAGGUUCUGGUGCUAGACGAGUCGUCCGGGCUGCAGCGCUGCGCCCCGUCCCCAUGCCGGGGCUCGACCUGCCGGAACGGCGGCACCUGCAUGGCCCAAUCCACCAAGAGCUACCAGUGCCGCUGCGCCGAUGGCUUCCGGGGCCAGUGGUGCGAGGUGGGCCGUGCCAAAGCCAUUUAUCUGGCCUCGCUCAGUCCCAGCUCCAUACUGGCCAUCAGCAUGUGCCUGCUGGUCUUCCUCGCCGUCCUGGUCGCCGUGACCGUGUGGAACCAGAAGGGCAGCCGCAAUAAGUUCCGCAAGCACGGCGUUUACCACAUCCCGGCGGAGCACGAGAGCUGGGAGGACAUCCGGGAGAACAUCCUCAACUACAACGAGGAGGGAGGAGGGGAACAGGACCAGAACGCCUACGACAUCACCGAGCUGAAGCGUCCGCUGUGCUCCAGCCUGUCCCAGUCGUCCUCCUGCACCACCGCGCCCCUCAUCAAGUCCUCCCAGGGCUCCCAGGAGGAGGUGCACCCCUCGGUGGUGAGCGCCGGCGGCCUCGCCCCGCACCCCUCCUACGCGUCACACGUCGCCGCCGCCAUCCCCCACCCGCACCACCACCACCACCACCAACACCACUGCCCCAUGGACUUCAGGAGCUACGUUUCGCGCAUCAUCUGGGAGGCGGACAACGACAGCAUGGCCCUCCCGCUGGACACGUACCGUGUCUACUGCAUCGAGGGCCAGGGCGAGGGCGCGUCCAGCGUCGGCAGCCUCAGCUCGCUGGGCUCGGCCCUCGCCGACACCAACGCCGACGCCGACUUCAGCUACGAGAGCCUGCGUCACUGGGGGCCCAAGUUCGAGGGCCUGACCGAGCUGUACCGCCGGCCCGAGCUGCCGCUCGGCACCUACCGGGAGGCCGUGCGGAGCCCCACCCCGACCCAGGGCCGUGGCCAGGGUCACGGGCGGCAGGAGCAGCAGCUAUAAUGCUGGGCUUGUGUCUCUGUGUGUGGGACUGUUGUGUAGCUGUCCUUAGUUGUGCUGGUUUGUUUCUGGUUUUGAAGGGAAGAUCAGGGUAGCUUGUGAAGAGAAGCGAGUGAUCUCUCUCCAUUGACUCUAUUGUUUUGUUUGAUUAUUUGUUUCUUUGGUUUUGGUCUUCAGCAUUACACGCACGCACACACACACACACAACACACACACACACACACACACACACACACACACACACACACAACACACACACACAAAAGAAGCUUUACCAGCCAGCAGGGGAGAAGAUGCUCUGACGCUGGAGAUGAAAUUGGAAGUUUUAUUUAUUGAGUGUCUGAUGAACUAUUCAUUUUUUUUUUAUAAAUGUACUGUAUUUAUUUUAGCCUCGAAAUCGUCUUUAUACAGGGAACAAAGCCAGUGGAUUACUGUGUGAUUUCUUUUUUAUGACCUUCAAGGGAAGACGUUUGUGUGAGUUACCAUGGGCCAGUUUCCCCCCAGUCUGUAAAAUUAACGAUGCCUUUUCCUGGUGGCCUACACUUGAUGUACUCCCACUAUGUACAGAUGAGUUUAGGCAGGUAGAUUGGAAGAGCCGUGGCAGGUGUGCUUGGAAAGAAGUGGCCCGUUGAGCAGUGAAUCUGGGACAUAUUCACUCCUUCUCUCCCUUCUCACACCCAAAUGAUCAAUUGAUAACGCUAGAAUUCAUGCAGUCAGUUUGACAGUCAAGCGCCAUUAAUCACAACUUAACUUGGCUGCAAACAAACAUGAUUUAAUCACGUCUAGAUGAAUAAGCACAGACUCCUUUGACAAACGAGAACAAACCUUUCACAAUAACUAAAAAACAGUUGUGAUCCUUUUGAUUUAAAUAUAUAUAUAUACAGUAUAUAUUUGCCAUGUUGAUACUGCAUCUUAGGGAGGGUUGGUGUUGCAGCAAAUGAAGAUUGAAAGGACAUUUAAAGAGUUCCUUUACCAUGCUACAAAGAUCAAGCCAGUGUAUAUGACUUCCUGGCAGUUGAGGAAUUAUUUUUGUACUCCUCCAUAAAUCGAUAUCUGCCCCUGAUGUGUGUAUUCUGUGUUGAAGUUUCUUCAAGACUGUACUUUUCUUUUUUCUGUCUUUCCUCCAUGGAUGUUAAUCAUUUGUGACACUUUCUGAGCCCCGUGUUCCGCAGCAAGGUGACACACUCCCUUGUGUCGUCGCACAGUCAUAUGAAUGUAUCUCAAACCAGUCAGACAUGCUUUGUGGGGUCCACUGCAAAGGAAGAUGAGUGCAAAUAGGCGGAAGAUACAAUCACACCGAAAGAAGGAGAACAAAAGAGAAUUAUAAAUGCCUAAAACAGUUUAAAAUGGCCUAAAUCAAUAAAGAUAUAUUUUUGUUGCCCUAGAGUCAGAAACUAUUAGUAGCUUUCAAAAAAAAAGAUUGUCAUGAUAUUUUUUUUAUUAGCAGCAACUCCUGAAAAAUGUUUGGUGCUUUUAUCAAACGUGGAGGCCAGAAGCAAGGCUGCUGAGGCGUCUGCACAGUCCAUGUUGUGGCUUCUCCUUAAAAUGUCAUUUGUCAAACAUUGUAGUGCAGUGGGUCAGUUCAUCAUCGUGGCAUAUGCCACACCGAAAUAUAUCCAAACCUUCAUCUUUGCACAAACUAAGCUCAAUCCAACCAACACCUUAAAACAGAAAACAGUGUCUGGUGUGUUUCAAAGUGAAAUGGUGCCUGUACGCAGUAGAUUUAGACUAAGCCACAAACGCAAGUUAGCCUUGAAGCAGAUUCUAGAGCACUGUAGUGUCUUGAAGCAGAUUCUAGAGCACUAUAGUGUUCUGAAGCAGAUUCUAGAGCACUAUAGUGUCCUGAAGCAGAUUAUAGAGGACUAUAGUGUCCUGAAGCAGAUUCUAGAGGACUAUAGUGUCCUGAAGCAGAUUCUAGAGCACUAUAGUGUUCUGAAGCAGAUUCUAGAGGACUAUAGUGUCCUGAAGCAGAUUCUAGAGCACUAUAGUGUCCUGAAGCAGAUUCUACAGCACUAUAGUGUUCUGAAGCAGAUUCUAGAGCACUAUAGUGUUCUUGAAGCAGAUUCUAGAGCACUAUAGUGUCCUGAAGCAGAUUCUAGAGGACUAUAGUGUCCUGAAGCAGAUUCUAGAGGACUAUAGUGUUCUGGAGCAGAUUCUAGAGCACUAUAGUGUUCUGGAGCUGCAUUCUACUCUCUCUCUCUCAAGACAUUCUGCUUCAGUGUCGCCACUGGCCCUACUGCUUGCACCCACACUACUUAACAGGUUUGGUCUGAAGGUCCAGUGCAGGGUUGUUGACGCCGACCAUUCUGUCAGUAUACAUGCAUCCCUCCUGUUUUCCCCUUUUAAAUCUAGUCCAGUUAAUGCCCGCACUUCUUGCACAUGGGCCUCAGGGCUGCGAGUUUCACCUGUGUAAUGUAUAUUAUGUAUAUAUGUAGGCCUACGUUUUCUAGAGACCUAAUGCCAGAUAUUCCUUUUCUAUAUGAAUUUUAAUAAAUAAAGCAUUUUCCUGAAGGCA